GUUCACGCGUGCGCGGAUGUGCGUGCAUGCGUGCGUACGUGUAUGUGUGUGCGUUUUUUUAUCUUAUUGUCAAGUAUAUUGUAACGUGAUACCACAAACUUCAGCUAAAGAAAUUGAUUGAAGAGAUUUCUAAAAACCAAUUGAGCAAAUUUGUUCUUCGUGCUAUCAUGACUACUCCUUCUCCGUUAUUCUGGCGUGCAUUAAUUAUUUUCAUUGUUUUAAGUCUGACAUUUGCUUAUGAUAAUGUCAACACAAAUAAAGGAGAAAAUUCGGAUGUUUUCGCACGGUAUCGAUUACCCAAGAAAAUUAUUCCUAUUUCCUACGACCUGUCGAUCUACACACAUCCCACUGACGUAAAUUACGAUGGUCAUGUACGAAUCAUCUUGCAAGUACUUGAGAAAACAGAUUUUAUCAUGCUGCACACGGAUGCAUUAAUAAUACAAAGAAAUGCAUCUCUAUAUGGAUCAGGUCGAUUCAUUCGGAUUUUCGGUUACAUUUACGAUGAAGAAGCACAAAUGCUUAAGAUUAAUCUCGAGCGUGCACUAGUACCUGCGAAAUACACUUUAGAAAUAUCCUUCAAAGGACGGAUCGCAGAUGACGUAUUCGGUUUUUAUGGGAGUUUGUACGAAGUUGAUGGAAAACUGAGACGAAUUAGUUUAACCCAAUUUUCGCCCACAUACGCACGUCGUGCGUUCCCUUGCAUGGACGAACCCUAUUUAAAAGCAGAAUUUCAAUUGCACAUUGGCCAUCAUAAAGAUCAAAAGGCAACGAGUAACACUCCAGUGCAAUCUGUACAGAGAAAAAAUAAUACCUAUUACGUGACUACAUUCCGUCCCACACCGCGAAUAUCUACGUACUUGGUAGGAUGGACGGUGCACAACUUUGUCCCCGAACGGUCAAGAAUUUCGGGGGAUUUUAAGAUGUGGACGAGAGACUCCAUGAGAUUUCGCGGAUCGAUGGCUUUGAAUCGCGGUCGGGCGGUCUAUUCGGCGUUGCAGACGUGGUUAUUGGUGAAGAGCCCGCUCAUAAAGGUAGAUCAAUUCGCGAUACCGGAUUUCAACUUUAACGCGAUGGAGAACUGGGGCCUCAUCACCUACAGAGAGUCCGUAGUGUUGCACGAGAACGGUACCCCGACAAAAAAAACAGUAGACGGACUGUCGACGAUGGCACACGAGUAUGCUCACAGUUGGUUCGGCAAUCUUGUGACGCCCGAAUUUUGGGACGUUGUCUGGUUGAAGGAGGGCUUUGCCACGUAUUUCCAAUAUUUCGGCGUGUCCUUAGCGGAACCGAACUUGAGAAUGAUGAAUGUAUUCGUAGUAGAUUGCCUGCAGCCAACACUUCUCGCAGAUUCCGACAAUCAUACACGCACACUGAACGGCCGAGAGGUCGGAAACCGUAGCAGCAUUAUGGCUACAUUGGAUUUUGUCUCUUACAAAAAAGGUGCAUCCGUAAUUCGCAUGAUCAAUUAUAUCAUUGGAAACAAAGCGUUUCAAUUAGGAUUACAAAAUUAUUUGCGCGGGAUGUCGUAUCAAGCGGCCACUCCGUGUGACUUGUAUCAACACUUGCAGACUGCGUUAAGUAGAUCAGGACAAUUGCGUCAGCGCAUACUUAUAAAAGAUGUCGUAGAAUCCUGGGCGAACCAGCCAGGAUAUCCUUUAGUGACUAUAACACGAAGUUACAAAACGAAGGUUGUCUCUGCUUCGCAAGAACCAUUUUAUCUGAACCGUCAAGUAGCGCAAAUAAAUUCCGAAAAAUUAGGUUGGUGGAUACCGUUAACUUUCGUUACCGAAGAAUCGAAUUCUGUAUUGGAUCGAACUACUACGGCUGCUUGGUUGAAGCCACAUGCCAACAGUACGAUAGUCGCUUCUGUCAAGUCGAAUUCCUGGGUGAUUUUCAACGUUCAACAAGUUGGAUAUUAUAGAGUCAAUUAUGAUAAAAAUAACUGGAAAAUGCUUAUCCGUCAUUUAAAGUUAAAGAAUUUGAAAAAAGUGCAUGUUAUAAACAGAGCUGCGCUUCUAGAUGACUCUUUUAAUUUAGCCAGAGCCGGUUAUGUGGAUUAUUCCAUUCCAUUUGAUCUCGCGACAUAUCUCAUUCGCGAAACCGAAUACGAACCGUGGAUCGCUGCAAAAAAUAACUUUAAUUUUCUAAAUCGUAUUUUAGUCUACUCACCGCGAGUACAACAGCUUUUUCAGAACUACGUAAAUCGCGUACUGGAACCGAUAUACAAAUUACUAAGCUUUAAAGAAAAUCUCUUAGACAGUACAAUAACGAAGCUGCAUCGUGAAUUGAUUUUAUCUACUGCAUGCUCGGUCAACAAUAUCCAUUGCUUAAAGACAUCAAAAACUUUAUUUAAAUCGUGGAUCUCGUCUGAGAAAAGCACGGUACCAGCAAAUUUCAAGAGUUUUGUAUAUUGCGUGGGCAUUCGCUCAGGUGAUGAUAAUGAUUGGUACACAGUUUGGAACAGAUUUCUACGCACUGACUUACAUACAGAACAGGAGCUUUUGCUAAAUGCACUUGGAUGUACUAAGACUCCUCGUUUAAUCGACAGAUAUCUCAAUACAUCCGUAACAUAUGAACAUAGACUUCGCAAGCAGUACAGAAUGACAAUAGUUCAUGCCGUUUUAAAUGGCAAUCCCGAAAAUGUUAAUUAUGCCAUCGAUUUUAUUAACAAUAAUUUGCAUACAAUCCUUAAAUCGAGAGGAGAAGAUUUCUUAAUUAAAAUGCUUACUGCUAUAGGCGAUACAGUUGUUUUGGAAACACAAUUAAAAAAGCUUCGCUUAUUUGUUGAUGACAACAUAAAAAACUUAGGAUCAGCAUUGAAUUCAGCAAAAAGGGCUGUAACUGUUUCUACUUCAACUAUUACAUGGACAAAUAAAUCUUUACCUGCAAUUGAAAAAGCAUUGUCAUUUAAUUGCAUGAUAUUAACAAUGAGAUUUCUGCUGCCGCUAAUGCUUGUCCUAGCGGCUUGCUGGGCAAGCAAUCCUAUUUUCGAGGAUGUAUCUCCACAAGUCAUACCAGAAGUUUUGGAUAAUUAUAGAUUACCAGAAGAAAAUGUUAAGCCUAUCGAAUAUGACAUCCAAUUGACACCGAUUUUCGAAUCAUCUGUUAAAGAUAAAGAAAGUUUUUCUUUCGAAGGAGAGUCUGUGAUUACUCUCAAAAUUGAGAAGUCCACAAAGACGAUAACGUUCCAUGCCAAGGAACUUAAGUUUCAAAAAGAUAACAUUAAACUAAUCUAUCCUAAAAAAGAUGAUGAAAAAGAUGAUAAAAAAGAUGAUAAAAAAGAUGAUAAAAAAGAUGAUAAAAAAGAAGAUGAUAAAAAAGAAGAUGAUAAAAAAGAUGAUAAAAAAGAAGAUGAUAAAAAAGAAGUUGUAUUGAUACCGAAAUUUGAGGAAAAUCUACAAAAAGACUUUGUGACACUAACUUUCGAGAAGGACCUUGAACCAGCAAAUAAUACAAAACUACAUUUGAAGUAUUCGGGAAAGUUGAAUAAUGGAACACGUGGAUUCUUCAAAGAUUUUUACCAAGAUAAAGAUAAAAAGAUAUGGCUCGCAGCAACGCAUUUUGAACCAGUAAGUGCAAGACAGGCCUUUCCAUGCUGGGAUGAACCACAGAUAAAAGCAUAUUUUACUAUCUCUAUUAUUGUUCCUGAUAAUGAAAAUAGUAAUUAUAAAGCGAUUUCAAAUACGCCUGCAAAAGAAAAAGAUGAUAAAAAGGAUGAUAAAAAGGAUGAUAAAAAGGAUGAUAAAAAGGAUGAAAAGGAUAAAAAGUUUACUUUUGAAAAGACACCAUUAAUGUCUUCUUAUCUUGUAGCUUUUGCAGUUUCGGAUUUCGCCGAUCUGAAGAAUGAUGAAAAAUAUAGGGUUUGGGCAAAACCUACAGUAGAUGAGAGCGAAAAACAAUUCGCAUACGAUUAUGGAUUAAAAACAUUGGAGGAACUGAAAGCUUUUACUGAUAUCGAUUAUUACGAAAACGUAAAAUAUGACGCAAAAAGUCAAAAUAUGAAGAAGAUGGAUCAAAUUGCAAUUCCACAUUUCUCCGGUGCUAUGGAGAAUUGGGGUCUUGUGACAUACAGAGAAUCUGGCCUUCUUAAUUCAAAGAACAAAACAACAACGGAAGCUAAGCAAAGUAUAGCAUCAGUAAUAGCGCACGAGUUCGCUCAUCAGUGGUUUGGUAAUCUGGUUACUUGUGAAUGGUGGAACCAUAUCUGGUUAAAUGAAGGAUUUGCUACCUUUUUCCAAUAUUACAUUACUGAUAAGGUUAUUCCAAAAUUGUAUGGAGAAUCUUGGCGUCUUAUGGAACAAUUUGUUAUUAAAAAUGUACAAGCAACGUCAUUCGUCGUCGAUGCAAGCAAUAAAGCUCAUGCAUUGAAUCCUAAAACCGAUAUACAAACUCCUAAUCAAAUUCGAAGCUUAUUCGAUGAUAUUUCCUACAAAAAAGGCGCUUCUAUCCUUCAUAUGAUGCAUGGAUUUUUAGGAGAUUCUUUCCAAACAGGACUUAAACAAUAUCUAACGGAUCACGCGAGCCAGUCUGUUACUUCUGACAAGCUCUUUGAUUCUAUAGAAAAAUCAUUGAAAGAAAAUAAAAAAGAAUAUUUACCGGAAGGUAAAACAUUGAAAGAAGUUAUGGGUAACUGGGUAAAGGAACCUGGGUAUCCUGUUGUCCAAGUUAAGUGGAUCAAGAAAGAUGAUAAAGAUGCAGUUAAUGUAACGCAGGAGCGAUUUUUCUUGGUAAAACCAACGAAAAAAGAUGAAACACAAUGGUACGUACCUUUCAACUAUGUAACUGAAGAGUCGCCUCUUGGAGUAAAGCCCGAGGAUAAAAAAUCUAGCUGGCUGAUACCCGGAAAAAGUAAAGUACUUGAGAAUUUAAAGAAAGACAAAUGGAUACUCUUUAAUAAAGAUCAAACAGGAUACUAUCGUGUAAAUUACGACGAUUCAAAUUGGGAGCUUCUAACGAAAUACUUGAACGGGCCGUCCUAUGCAAACAUAAGUACAACCAAUCGCGCCCAAUUGAUCGACGAUGCGUUAAAUCUCGCACGUACGGGACAUUUGAAAUACUACGUUGCAUUGAACAUCACUUCGUAUCUGAAAGAACAGGAGCAGGAUUAUAUUCCGUGGUAUGCCGCUGUCAGAGCAUUUAAUUAUCUGGAUAACGUACUACAAGGUGGAGAAAACUAUACGGCUUAUCAGAUACACGUCUCUAGUCUAAUAGAAAAUUUUGCAAACAAAGUCAAUUACACAGUCUGGGGAAAUGGCACGCAUGUAGAAAAACUUGCCAAGGUGUUGGCGCUAAAUACGGCUUGUAAAUACGGCUUAAAAGAAUGCAACGAAUUUGCUAGUGAAGAGCUCAAGAAGUGGCUGGAUAAGAAGGAUGAUGCAGAAGACAAGAAUCUCUGGUCAGACGCGAGGAGUGGAAUUCUUUGUGGCGGAUUGCGAAACGCAGACGAAGACACGUUGAAGAAGACUCUACAAAAGUACAAAGGCACCAAAGACGCGGAUGAAAAGAGGGACAUUUUGGCCGGGCUUGGUUGCAUUAAAACCGAGGAUAUUGUUGAGAAAUUCCUUAAUUCAACUUUGGAAAAAGAUUCCAGCGUCGAUGUUUUCGCCGCGAUGAAUUCAAUACUGGCUGGUAAUGUCGAAUCCUUUAACAUCCUCGAAAAAUUCAUCAAUAACAAUAUCGAAAUGAUCCAAAAAGCAGAUAACGAAGAUAACUCGUUGCUCAUUGCCCUCUUUAAUAAUCUUGCCAACAGAGUUGUAACGGCAGAUCAAUAUGCAGAGUUGGCGCUACUCGUACAUGGGCAGCUACAAGAUGUGCAGAAGGUUGAGAAGGUUGAAGGAUUAGCCGUCGCGAUACAUAAACUUGAUUGGAUCAAAACCUAUCGAGAAGACGUUAGAAAAUGGGUAUUGGAAAAUUGUAAAGAAUGCUCACAAACAGGUUCUGCAAGUUCUAUUGUUUUGACGUCGUUUAUUCUGAUUGUCUCACUGUUAAUCACACGAUUCUAUUUGAUGUUUGUGCAGAUAUUUAAAAGAAAAGUUAGUAUGGCGUUUCUGAAAGUAUUAGUAAAUAUCGGCUUAAUAUUUACCGUCGCAACAGUACUUCCUGUUCACGGAAAUUCAGAGAACGACUUGAACGCAACAGUCAAUUACCGCUUACCAGAUAACGUAGUUCCAGUGCACUACAAUAUCGAACUGAUACCACACAUGGAAGAAGAUAAUUUUACCUUUGACGGUAAAUCCCAUGUAAUCAUCGAGAUCCGUCGUGCAACACGAAACAUAAGUUUGCACGCGCUGGAUUUGACGAUAAAUGAAACAGCGACGUCAUUGAUUAGCAGCGAAGUUCACGUACCGACAAUGCAUAAUUAUGACAAUGAAACAGAAAUCUUAACUCUUCACUUCGAUGAUGAGCUACCCUCGGGAAUUUACAGUCUAAAUAUACAAUUUGUCGGUAUUUUAAACGAUGAUUUACAUGGAUUUUUCAGAACAUCGUACAUCGAUGAGAAAAGGGGAAAAAUGUGGUUGGCUGCAACGCAUUUUGAGGCGUGCGAAGCGCGACGAGCAUUUCCAUGUUGGGACGAACCGGCAUUAAAAGCCACUUUCAAUAUUUCCAUAAAACAUCAUCAAAACUACAAAGCUAUGUCAAAUAUGCCGAUAUGGUAUCAAUCAAAUGACGAAGAUAACAUGAUGUGGACACACUUUCUCACGACUCCUGUUAUGUCCACGUAUCUCGUAGCGUUUGUAAUCGCCGAUUAUGUUCGUGUUCCUAAUGCAGAUGGAACGGUCAAUAUGUGGUGCAGGUCGACAUUGGCUCCGCACUCAAAAUUUGCACAAGAAGUUGCUCAAAAGGCUAGGGAUAUAUUAACAGAAUAUACUAACAGCACCGACAAAGUUCCGAAAAUGGAUCAUGUAGCAGUUCCGCAAUUAUCAUCUGCAGGUGCCAUGGAAAAUUGGGGACUUAUAAUUUACACGGAAACAUCUUUUACAUACAAUGAUAAAAAAGAUAGUUUGUAUCGUAAACGACGAAUAGCGAUGACAGCAGCUCACGAAAUGGCGCAUCAAUGGUUUGGUAAUACAGUUAGCCCGUUAUGGUGGUCUCAUGUGUGGCUAAACGAGGGAUUCGCGUCAUUCUUCGCAGAGUAUAUUCUUAAUGAGAUUUUUCAAGAAGAACGAAUAAUGGAUUCCUUUGUUAUCAAUAUUCAGCAAUUAGCCCUUGAAAGAGAUAUUGCUAAAAAUAUGAAACCUAUUACAUUUGAAGUCAAUACCCGCAAAGAAAUUAAUACACUUUUUACUUAUGCCGCUUACGGCAAGGCACCCGCUAUACUGCGCAUGCUACAACAUACUAUUACCGCUGAAGUAUUUCGAAAAGGUAUCAUUAAAUAUUUACAUAAACAUGAAUUCAGUUCAGUUACUUCUGAUGACUUAUGGAACGCUUUGCAAACAGCUCUCGACGAAUCAGAUAUUCCACAUAAUACCUAUAGAUUGAAAGAGGUAAUGGAUACCUGGUUGAAACAAAGGCAUUAUCCUUUGGUGCGUGUGACACGAAACUACAACACCAAUGAAACAAUAAUAACACAAGAACAUUACUAUCCAAAAAGAGAAAAUCAUAGCGUCGAUAGUGAUAAAUGGUGGAUUCCUGUAACUUUUACUACAGAAUCAAAUCCCGAUUUCUCUAAUACUUUGCCCACUCAUUGGCUAAAACCACAAGAUGAAAAUAUAAACAUUGAGGGAGUCGAUUCGAAUGACUGGAUCAUAGUUAACAUACAACAAAUGGGAUACUAUCGCGUUAAUUAUGAUGAUUCGAAUUGGCGCAAACUUGCAAACUAUCUCAAUUCUGACAAUUAUACAAAAAUACAUGUGCUUAAUCGAGUUCAAAUCAUUGAUGAUGCUUAUCACCUUAUGAAAGCAGAGCAACUCGAUAUCGAGAUAUUUCUAGAACUCGCAAGUUAUCUGCCUCAAGAUACAGAUCCUUUAGCAUUACAUUUAAUGUUUAAUUUAUUAAGGGAAAUGGAGGAACUGUUCAAAAUCCCAGAAAUGAAUAAUUUUAAGCAAUACAUAUUACAUAUUUUGGAUGAACAUAUUAAAAGUGUGGGAUAUGAAGAAGAUCCUGCUGAAAAUGAUCUUACAAAGCUUAAAAGAUAUUAUACUUUAAAGUGGGCGUGUAGUUUAGGUCACUCUGAGUGCAAGAGGAUGGCUAAUAUUAAAUUAAAUGAAAUUCUCGAAAACCCUGAAAAAGUAGACAGAAUGUCUUGGGAGUUAAGAGAAUGGACGUACAGUUACGGUAUAAUAGAAGCCAACGCCUUUACUUGGAAUAAAUUAUUGGAUACAUAUCUCAUCAAUCAAGACACAGAAAUAUUAGACUACUUGACUUCAUCUGAAAAUUUUAAUAUCCUGAUUAGUUUAAUAAAUAUGAAUGCUUUAAAUAAUUCAAUAUUACAAAACAAUUACCAUUACAUAAUUUCAAACAUUAUUAGCAAACAUUUAGACAAAGACGUAGUAUUUGACUACAUUUUAGCAAAUUUAGAAAAAAUAAGUGAAGACAUUAAACAGAUUUCUUCAGAAGAAAAGGGAAUGUUAAAUUAUAAUAUUAUUGCUAACACAUAUUCCCAGGAACAACUAAACAAGAUAACCGAUUUUAUAAAAAGUAAAUUUAAAAAAGAAUCAUUAAAACAUUUGCAAGAAGCGAUAGAAGAUCAAAAAUCCAGGCUGACAAAAUUAACUGGCAUAGCUAAAAAAAUAUUUGUAAUAAAAGGAGGCAAAACUGUAAAACAAUCAUAAUCAGCCAAAAGAGUAUAAGUAUAUAUAAUAUAUAUAUAUAUAUAUGUAUGUAUUAUAUGUAUAUAUUUUUAUAUGUUUAUACACGGAAAAAUUCUAUAGUACAAAUUACUGUGGUAAGCAGUAAAUACAAACCAAGAAAGGAAGUAUAAAGAUUUUUAUUGUUUUUUUAUCAAAUUAUAUACUAUAAUAGUUACAUUACUUAUUGUAUAAUUUGUUUGAAAUUAUUCCUUAUAAUCUGUGCAAUUACAGUACAUAAUAAUUUUUAAUAUAAAAAUUUUUUUUAUAUA